AUGUGUUUUGAAUUUGUUACUCACAAAAUUAUUGGAAGAUGUGGUCCACGAAUUUGCUCUUCUGCAGAGAGCCUUAAAAAGCAGAAUACAGAGUUAUCACAAAAGGUUCCAAGUGCCCGGUCGAUCGCAGCCAAAUACCAAAUAUUUCAAGAUGAAGAUUCACCAAUUAUCUUAGACGUGGAUGAAGAACGAAAGAUGCAGUACAGCGACAAACCACAAACACUUCAGAUUGCUGACCCUUUCGAAAUGUACGAAGGCAUCGAUUUUAUACGUGGUGAACAAUAUGUGUUUGAAAUACACGAUUUAGUGUCCAUCCUCAAACUGAACAACGCAAUCAAUGUUUUUGUUUGCUCCGUUCCAAAAGAGAUCAAAUAUGUUGACUACAUGUGUAUUGUAUCUGGACGUAAUAGGAAACACAUGCUAGGAAUGGCACAGUUCGUGAGAAAAGUGUAUAAAAUGAAACAACUUCCGCACGAAUUUAUUCCCAAAAUAGAAGGAGAAUCCUCCACCGACUGGAUGGCGCUGGACCUUGGGAAUAUUUCAUUGCACAUUUUUUCCAGCAAAGCACGCGAGCAUUACGAUUUAGAAUCACUUUGGACCGUUGGUUGCGAGUAUGAUGGAGAAUGUAAUAAACCAAAUCAGGGGCUUGUUGAGCUGUUUGAGAAACAUACAAUAUAUCUAAACGAUCUCAAAACACUUGAACCAGGAAGAUCAGUUUCUUCGCCUUCUUCAUAAGUUACUGAAAUGUGUAGAUUACUGUCAGUUGUUACAUUUCGUUCGUUAUUACACUGGGUCUGUAACGGCUAUGCUAUGUUUGAUUGGAUUUACGAUUGUAAUACGACUAUACUACUAGAAAUAAAAAAGAGCCUUCUCGCA